AGUCCUUGGCAAGGAAAUUUGAGAAAAAAACAGGAAGAAAACAUGGCCUCAAGCAGUUGAAGAAUAAAUACAUGAGUUUGAAAAAAGAGUGGCAAGCGUGGACACAGUUGAUGGAUUCAAGCAAAGGAGUGUCAGGGAUAGGGUUUGACUGUGACACCGGUAUGUUUCAGGCACCUGAGGAAUGGUGGGACAAGAUGGAAUCGAUAAACAAGGUGUGUGCCAAGUUUAGGAAAAAAACCUUGGAACAUCGUGACUUGAUGGAGACGGUCUUCAUGAGGGCAUCAGCUAUUGGUAAGCACCAUUGGACCCCGGGAGAGAAACUUCCUAAAGCUGCUGAUGACUCAUCUGAUUCUAAGCAUAGUUUGGGAGCCCAACCAUUUGUUGAUCCGAUACCCGUAGGAGUACAGGACGUGGAUUCAGAUUCUUCACUGGAGCAUGUUCCGAUUGAAAAGGGGAAAAGGAGAAAGACGCCAUCAACAAGUGUUUCAAAGUCGAAGAAGGCAACAAGUGGAACGUCAGUUAUUGCGGAAAGCAUGAACAAUCUAACAUAUGUGGUGCGUACGACGAAUCAGCAGGUUACGGUGAGGCACCUCACAGGCAACGAAUCGCUGUACACUAUUUCGGAGUGCAUGCAUCGCCUAACGAGUAUUCCAUCCCUGAUUGGUACGCCGCUAUUCCAUUUCGCCUCGACACUUAUGGAUAACGCAGAUUACCGGGAGGUGAUGAUGCGCCAGCCUGAUGAUGACCACAUCAUAGGGUGGCUUACACAAAAGUAG